AUAGCCACGCAGUGAAUAUCAACUUCCUGUAACAUUGGCGACUCCAUCUCUAAUGUUGUUUAUGUUUACAACCGACAAAAAGAAACAGAACCGAUUUCGUUUAUUUCUGUCGCUUAUUUCUUCCGGAUUCCUGUCUUCUUUCAAUGUCCAUUCCACCAUGUUGACAAGGACACUCACUCCAGAAAUAUCUCAAUAACUUCUAUAGUUCUACAAUAAAUAUUUACCUACACCUCGUCUCUUACCUUUAAUUACAACCAGGUAACAUCCACAAACAUGGGGAAAGGCUUUAAUAAUUAUAUGACCAAAAAGUUCUUCCAUCCUGCAAGCAAGGAGAACAUCAAAAGGGUAUGGAUGGCUGAACAGAAAACAACAUAUGAUAAGAAGAAACAAGAAGACCUCUUGGCACAGUACCAAAAGGAACAGGAACUUUAUGGAAACAGGGCUUUACUUGGUGAUGAGAAAGCUAAAGUCGGCCUCAGUUUCAUGUAUGAUGCUCCACCAGGGUUUAAGAAGAAGGAGAAUGAAGAAACUGACCAGGAAUACAAAUUUGAAUGGCAGAGGAAAUACAAUGCACCCAGAGAAGCCUAUGCCAAAAACGAUGACACCAUUCGUGACCAACCGUUCGGAAUUGAAGUCAGGAACGUGCGCUGUAUCAAGUGCCGCGAAUGGGGCCAUGUCAACACGGAUAAAAUCUGUCCCCUUUAUGGGAAGAGCCUGACAGCUGAACCAACUCAGUCCCGGAAUGAUUCUUCUCUCAUGGAAAGUAUGCAUGAAGAUGGUUUGGUAUUGAAAAAAAAUAUCAUGGGAAGGCUGAUUGAUGAGAAAGAUGUCGAAGUAAAAGAUGAUGAAGACGAAGAAGUGAAGUUCCUCAAGUCUUUAACUCCACAUCAAAAGAAGAGACUACUCAAGAAGCUUUCGCUGCUCAGCAAGAAGGAAUCACCAAAGAAGAAAAAGAAGAAGUCAAAGAAACACAAACACUCGAAGCACCAUGAGAAAACUGAAGAGAAGGGUUCCAGUUGCCACAAGAAAUUCAGCCAUUCUGAGAAAGACAAAUCAAACAAACACAGCAAAGAACCGAACAGAAAACACUCAACUGGCAGCAAGGAUGGGAAAAGUAAAGACAAGGACUCUGCUUCAAAGAAUUCUUCUUAUGAUUGCCAUCCUGGGACCUCUGGCAGCAUGGGCAAGAAGCAGUUUGACUCGAAAAGGACUCACUCGAAAGCACGCGGCAGAGAAAUCAAAGAGCAAGCGCCACGGAGAGAUGAGGGACACUGCAGUCGUAGUAGUAGUAGCUGUAGUAGUAGUGGUGGUGGUGGUGGUGAGCCAAAGUCUCCGGCUCAGAAAGUGCGCAGAAAGAGGCAGUCGAGUGAGAGUAGCAGUGAAUCAAGUGAAAGGAGCAGGCAGAGUAGCGUGUCCAGUGUGAGGAGUGGGCAGUGUAGUGAUUCCAGUGAUGGCAGUAGCAGGAAGAAACAGAGUGGUAAAGCUAAGGAGGGGAAUAGGCAGAGGAGCAGGUCUAAUGAGAGGAAUAGGCAGAGGAGUGUCUCUAAGGAGAGGAAUAGCAAGAGGAGCAGAUCUCAUGAGAGGAAUAAGCAGAGGAGUAUUUCUAAAGAAAGAAAUCGUAAGAGGAGUGGAUCUAAUGAGAGGAAUAGGCAGAGGAGUGUAUCUAAGGAGAGGAAUAGUAAGAGGAGUAGAUCUAAUGAGAGGAAUAGGCAGAGAAGCCGUUCUAAUGAGAGGCGUAGUAAGAGAAGUCGAUCCAAUGAAAGGAAUAGUAAUAGGAGCAGAUCUAAUGAGAGGAAGAGGCAGAGGAAUCUGUCUCAUGAAAGGCGCAUAUCUAACGAAAAGGACAGGCAGAGAAGUAGAUCUAAUGAGAGGAAUAGGAAGAGGAGCAGAUCUAAUGAGAGGAGUAAUAGACAGAGAAAUGAGUACAGUGAGAGGAGCAGGCAGAGGAGUAGAUCUAGAGAAGGAGACUAUUAUCAAGACAGACAGAGAAACUAUAAGAGUUACUCUGGGACGUCUCAAGUGAAGAGGAAAUGAGUUUUGGUGCCUAAUGAGCAGGAAUGGCCAUUAUCAUCAUCACCACCAUCAUCAUAAACAUUAUCUUUCUGUCCCUCUGAAGAAUUGUAUUUAAAGAGGGUUUUAUCAAAGUUACUCUAGAUAAUUGAGUGAAAAUAUUCAGAUAUUGUGUUAUUAACAGUAGUUAAUAAUAAAUAUCUCAAAUUAACAGCCCACAGUUGUAUAUUUUGGAGGGAGAAAAGUAUAGUCUAUUGCACAUUUGCCUGUCAUAUCUCGUAUUUGAUAUUUCUCUGGCAUCCCAUACAUCAUAUUUGAUAAACUUUCUUACAGUGUUUGUUUUUUUUUUUCUUUCCACUCACCAAAGUCACUUGGGAAUUAUGAAUGGAAAGUUUUCUUACUCAGAACUUACCAAACAAAGACUUACUAAAAAAAAAACUGCAAAACAACCUUAGAGAUUCAGAUCGAACUUACAAGAAUGCUUUAGACAGACAAAGGGUGAAGUCAGUCUGGGAUUUGAACACAGAAUGUAAAGGAUUGCAACUAGAAUAUAUUAUAAAAAUAUAAAUUCACUUCGAUUUUUGAUUAAUAUUUUAUAUGCAUCUAUCUACCUAUCUAUAUCUAUCUGUCUAUCUACCUAUCUAUCUAUCUAUCUAUAUAUAUAUAUAUAUAUAUAUAUAUAUAUAUAUAUAUAUAUAUAUAUUUAUAGGCAUAUAUAUAUGUGCAUGUGUAUAUAUAUAUAUUUAUACUUAGUAUGUCCUUUGAUUAAUUUUAAUCCUUCAGCUAUUUAAUGCUUUUUGACGGGGGGCCUGCAAUCACUUAUAUUAUUGAUUCUGUUAUAUUUAAAUUGUUACACUAGAUAAUAACAGAGUCAAUGAUAUCUUUGCAAAUUAUUUUCUCAUGAAUUAUUUGCUCCAUAUAUAUAUUUAUAGGUAUAUAUAUACAUACAUAUAGUGAGUCUGCUAUGAUAAUAUAAGUUAACCUCAGUGAAUACAUAAUAAUAAUAAUACUAUAGGCCCAUGGCCUGAAAUAUAAUGGUGGAGCAGGCUGUUAGUUGAUUACAUCAACCCCAGUGUUGAGUGUUUCAUCUGAGGCCAAGUGCAUUGCAAGGAGACAAUAAAAACCAAGUGUCUUUACUGUUUUCCCAUCAUUGAUUUUGUUGAUCACUAUUGUCACCUGGUCCACAUCUAUCAACACUCACUCAUACAUACCUAACACAAAAUCCGUACUUGCAACUGGUACUUCUUUUAAAGACCCACCCGAAAGAAUGAAAGGCAGAAUCAACUUCUGUAGAAUUUGAACUUAGAACGUAAGGCUGAACGAAAUGCGACUAAGCAUUUCGUCCAGCGUUCUAAUGACUCUGCCAGCUUACUGCCUUAAUGAUAAUAAUAAUAAUAAUGGUUUCAAAUUUUGGCAUAAAGCCAGCAGUUUUGAGAGAGGGUGCAAGUCGCUAACAUCGAUCCCCAAUGCAUAACUGGUACCUAUUUUAUUGACCCUGAAAGGAUGGAAAGCAAAGUCAGCUUUUGCAGCAUUUGAACUCAGAAUGUCAAGUGAGAAAAGAAUGCCACUAAGCAUUGUUUCUAGCGCAGUAACGAUUUGGUCAGCUCGUCAUCUUAAUUAAAAUAAUAGUGAUGAUGAUGGUAAGCUUGUGGCAAGCUUCCAGUGAUUUUUUAUUUUUUUUGGUAUCUAAGAAAAAAAGAGUUUUGACAUUUUGGUACGACGAUUUUCUUGUACUGUCAUGUGAAAUAGUUUUCCCCCUCCUCCUCCUGACAUUAAAAGAUUAGCAGGGAGCCUUGCAACCUGCUAGAAAAAUCAGCCAAAUCUCCAUCAAAUGACAAUGUAUCAUAUCAAAAAAAAGGAAGGGAUCCGUUAGAUAACACUAUCUGGGUUUCCUGCAGAUGAGAAAAAGACAUGAUGGUCAUGGCAGGAAUGCCUUCAAUCAUAGGCCUAUUCAGUCAGAACCAUCCUGGGACUAAACGACAUCAGCUAAAACAAUUCUGUUAUGAUUAUUGUUGUUUCUACAUCUCCUGACUUUAGCUAUCAUCGAUUGAACUUCAUUGUCUUAUCCCAUGAGACCCCUAUUGAUGUAUAUUUGAUGGGAUUUAUCGAUCUACUGAAUCUGAUUGCAACAUUUGGGGCCAUUUCACCUAAUCAAAAUUGGAUCUUUGUUGAAAGAUUUUGUGUCAGAAACUGAAAUGAGUUGUGUCUAAUAUGAUGGAUAAGUCCAUUUUAGAGGGGUAGGGGUGUAUAAGUGAGAUAUUAAUUAUUAAUGUUGGUGCAGGCAUGGCAGUGUGACUAAGAGGCUUGCUUCUCAACCAUAUGGUCUUUGGUUCCGUCCCACUGUGUAGUACCAUGAGCAAGUGUCUUCUUCUGUAGCCUCAAGCUGACCAAAGCUUUGAGUGGAUUUGGAAGACAGAAACUGAAAGAAGCCUGCCCUGUGUGUAUAUAUAUAUAUAUAUAUAUAUAUUUCUGUUGAGGUCGAAUUUACCUUUUGUUGUUUCAGGGUCAUUAAAAUAAAAAUCAGCUGAGCUCUGAAGGUGAUGUAAUUCAUUUAAACGCUUCUAUUGAAAUCACUGGCCUUGCGCCAUUUGAAACCAAUAAAAGAAGGGGAUUAGCAACAUGAAGGAGGUGAGGGCAACCACUGUAGCACCCUGCUUUUCUGAAUAGCAUUGAUAAGAAAGGAAGGGAACAAUAAUAAAAUGCAUUCUAAAAUCUAUCUUUGAUCAGAGUCUGAAACUCCCUAAGAAAAUUGGAUCUCAUUAUUGUGUUUUGUUUAGUCCCAGGUCAUCUUUCGUUAAUCAGACAUAUGAACAUAUAUUUCUAAUCCAACUAUGGCCAUCCCAUAUCUUCUUUAGGAAAAGUGUAAUUACAUUAUCCAAGGUGCCCUUUUAAAAAUUUUUUUUUUUUUUUCCAUCAUUUUACAUUCUGAGUUCAAAUCCUACAAAGGUCAACUUUGCCAUUCAUCCCUUCAAGGUCAAGUACUGUUUCUUCCUGAAUCAUAUAUAGACUCAGAAGGCCAAUUUCUGUGGUAUAUAUAUAUAUAUAUAUAUAUAUAUAUAUAUAUAUAUUCACCCACUGGAUGGGGUGUCCUUUGCUCAUUUUUGCCAGCUGGAGCAAUGUAAAAUGAAUUGCUUUGCUCAAGGACACAACACACUGCCUGGUCCAGGAAUUGAAACCAGAAUCUUACGAUCAUGAAUCCGAUGGCCUAACCACUGAACCAGACGCCUUCACUGUCAUGUACUGGGGAAAGAUGUAAUCAGUUUGUCUCCUUCCCCAAAAUUUCUCACCUUCAACCCUGUAGCAGACCCACCCUUCAGAAGAAUGUCAUGAGCUUGGUUACUUCAACGCCAUGGAAACCGGACGACUGACUUUGUAAGUCUUAGAGCUCAAGAAAAAUAAAUCAAAUAGAAAAUAACUUGAAGGAAAUUUGACUGCUAUUUCUAGCAAGUUGAGUGACCACGUAGAAGCUCACAAGAAAAACUGUUGAUUUCCAUAUGACUAAGAUCCCUUCAUAAAUGAAAAACCUGCUUAGUUGGGUCCUCUAUCUAAACUCCAGAUAAACAGAAGUCUAUUCUGAUACAAAAUAUUUGAGGAAUUAUUAUUUAUCGCAUCUCUUUAUUUUUAUUUUUGUGAUAAUUUAUGUAAAAUAUUUACUUUGUUGGGUCUAAUCUGAUUAAUCCAGGAGAAUUUGACUAAUAAAUGGCAUCUGGUCUAAGCGUU